AUGGCAACAGAAAUACCAGUGAUCACUGUGGGAGCAGUGUUCCUAGUUGUGCUGCUGUUGAUGGUGCUGAUCAACAUUUCUGGACAGAGAGAAAGAAAUGUACAGGAAGGCCACAAGAGAAUUGACUCUGGGCUGCUGCAGUACCUCUACCAGUUCCUUCCCUACUCCGUGUCUCCUUCCCUCCCAGGUCCUCCUAGUCGUUUCCUCAUUGGAAACUUGUUGGAGCUGACACAUGAACACCUGCCGAUCCACCUGACCUCUCUGGCUCAGCGGUACGGAAACAUCUACCGCCUGAAAUGUGGAAACACAACCAUGGUGGUACUUAAUAGUAGUGAAGUCAUACGAGAAGCACUGGUGAAAAAAUGGUCAGAUUUUGCUGGGAGACCAGUUUCAUAUACAGGUGAUAUUGUGUCUGGGGGGGGGCACACCAUCUCUCUGGGGGACUAUAACGAGGAGUGGCGGGCCCAUCGCCGCCUCGUCCACGGCGCUCUGCAGCGCUGCUGCCAGCAGUCGCUGCACGAUGUGAUCGAGAGGCAGGCGCUGCGUCUGAGAGAGGUUCUGAUGGACUAUCAAGGCAGAGCUGUAGAUCUCUCUGAGGAUUUCACAGUGGCAGCCAGUAAUGUUAUCACCACUUUGGCUUUUGGAAAAGAAUAUGAUAAGAGUUCUGUGGAGCUGCAGCAGCUGCACAGCUGUCUGAAUGAGAUCGUUGCUCUGUGGGGCUCCUCCUGGAUUUCUGCCCUGGACUCCUUCCCGCUGCUCCGAAAAUUACCCAAUCCUGUGUUUGCCCGUCUCCUGAAAGAGGUGGCUAAAAGAGAUGAACUCAUAAAAAAACAUCUCAACAACUACAAGUUACAAGACAAAAAAAACAAGGAUGCUAUCACAGGAUUCCUCCUUCAGGGCCUCGACAAACAUCCCAACACACAAGAUGGAGUUCUCCUGACAGAUGUUCAUGUCCACAUGGCCACCGUGGACCUCCUCAUCGGGGGGACAGAGACCACUGCAGCCUGGCUGAACUGGACUGUGGCCUUCCUGCUGCACAGACCAGAGGUGCAGACCAAAGUGUAUGAGGAGUUGUGCACCGUGUUAGAGGGUCGAUACCCCAAAUACAGCGACAGACACAGACUUCCUGUCCUGAGCGCUCUGAUCAGCGAGGUGCUCAGACUCAGACCGGUCGCCCCGCUGGCGGUUCCACACAGAGCCAUCAGAGACAGCAGCAUUGCAGGUUACUUCAUCCCUCAGAACACAGUCAUCAUUCCUAAUCUGUAUGGGGCUCACCAUGACCCCACAGUGUGGACCGACCCAUACAGCUUCAGACCAGAGCGCUUCCUGGAGGGAGGAGGAGGCUCCACCCGGGCCCUGAUCCCUUUCGGAGGGGGGGCCCGGCUCUGCUUGGGGGAGUCUGUCGCCAAAAUGGAGCUCUUUCUGUUCACUGCCUACUUGCUGAGAGACUUCCAGUUCCUCCGUCCGGAGGGCGAGGCCUCGCUGCCCGACCUGAGGGGAGUAGCUAGUGUUGUACUCAAGGUCAAGUCCUUCACAGUGGUAGCACGUCCAAGACCCGGCACCAAUCUCUGAACAGGCUGUACUGCUUAUUUGUUGCUUAAAUAUUGAGCGUUUGUGUGAAAACUACUUUUUUUGCAUGUAAAAAUAAGUACAGAACCUUCAUGUCAAAGUUUCUCAUCAAUACUUCUUUUUGGCUGUAGCAUUGGACAUCCUGAUUAAC